GUUGUCACUGUGUACCUCGCUACCAUCAGGAAGCUAGUCGCUGCUACUAGACUCGCGGGUCUGUCUGACUCCUUGCUCAUUGUUCAAACACAGCUUCUACUUGUGAUUACAACCAUGGAUCACUUCCUUGGCCCACACACCACAGAAGCAGUGGCACACUCCAGGCUCAGCGAGGACUGGCUAGACUGGGACAUCAGUCGCCCUUCAUUUGACGAGUCCCUUAUUGCCCACUGUGCUUCAUAUCAUGCGUUUGACCGUUAUUUAUCUGGAGAGGAUCUUUUCAUCCCCCCUCGUUUUCCAAGUGAGCUGGAACGAGUACUACGCAGACACGCAUACGACUCGAUCCAUAAUGCAAUCUCAAGAUCUCGUCAAACGCUGAAAACUGGAGGAUACAGCAGAACUUGUCAUCUGGCAGAGCAAUCCAUCCGCAGUGUUCUCAACACAGAUGACAACGCGAGGAGAUUGCUAGCUUGGCACAGGCCCAACAACCCCUCACCGGUGGCUAUGGAGAUGGUGGCCCAUUCUGUUUCGGUAAUAAAAGUUUAACUCACCUCACCCUCUUAGACGUUGGGUAUGGGCAUUCAUAAAUUUAUUGUUGGCAUCAUUCCACUACGCAGUACCCUCUGGAACACAAAAUUACUGUACAUGUACAUUAGGCUUUCAUCAUUGUAUUUUGAUAGAUGGUAGAUGCAUUGAGCUAAUAGACAAAUUCAACACUGAG